AUGGACAACAACAACCAAAAGGAACCUUCAGAAGAAAAUUCGAACCAACAGCAUGAUGCUUCUCAAGAAGAAAACGGCAAUUCCGAUGAGCGAAAUAAUAGUUCAAGUAGAAGUAGAAGUAGAAGUAGAAGUAGACGCAGAAUUGGUCCUUUACACGAACCAAUGUUGGUGUUGGUAGUGGAACCUGCGGAACCAGCACCAACAGUUGAAGGAGAAAGUCAAGUGCAAAAUGUUACUAGAAGGCCUAAUGCACCAGCAAGAGACUUUGGAAGAAAUGAUUACAACAUUUUGGGCGAAGAGCAGCAAAUGGACCAAGACUUGCCUAACAUCAGUGAUGAUGUCGAAGAAGAAAUUGAAGUCGUCGAGGAUACGCCAAUGGGUGAACCAGCAGGAGCAUCAUCAGCCCCAACCAACAUAACCCUUCGCACGUCCUUUACCGACUCGGACGACCCCAAAAGCGCCCUUUUGCCCUUAGAGAUCUCCAUAGAGUACGAACCAAUGGAAUCGGAAAAUGAUCCUGAUGAUCAGGAUCAAAUCCAGGAGACUAUCCUUGAAGAAUUCGAGAAUGCAGAGGAGCAAACUGAAGAUGAAGAGGAUGAAGAGUUUGAUGAGGAAGAAGAAGAGCUGGACGAUGAAGAGAAUCAUGAACAGGAGAAUCAGGAGCAGGAGCGGCUGUCUGUCGAUAUUCUGGAGGAACAAGGAGCUCAUAGGCUGAUUUUUGGCCUGUGGGCGCAGACCGAAAGGGAACGUAUUGCCAGGGAGCUGCUCAUCAAUCCGGAGUUCAAUUAUUUGCAAGCUGCUACUUUGUUGCACCAAGUCGAGGUGAGGGGUAGAUAA